UUGCAACCCGCCAGUAAACCCACAAAAGAAGAAGAAAGAGCUCGCGUGUGAUGUGUUUGUGUAUCCUCAGUGUUUUUCUCUCUUGUGUGUUUUAUUGGGUGUAAACAGAGUCUUGUCUCUGUGUAUUUUAGUGUUGAUGAUGAGAUGUGCUGUAAAUGAGUAUGAACUGAUCUGUUCACGCUGGAUAUAUUGAUGAUUUCAUCACAGAAAUCUCUCAGCUGAAGAAAGAGGAGAUUUAACAAUGAAUCGAGAGGAUGUGGAUUGUUGUGAAUCUUCAGUGUAUAAUGUGACUGAUGAUGGGAGUCUGGAUUCAGUGUGGAUGAGCAGAGAUCAGAGCCGCACACCACAGACACUGCUGGACUCUAAACUCUCUGAAGAGAAAUCCAGACACACACAGGACUCUGAUCUCAGUCUGACUUUACUCUGUUAUACUGAGUCAAAGCUCACAGACACUCAGGACACUACAGUGUGUGACAGUAAACAGAGCUUACAGGAGGAUCAAACCUCCACAGAGUCUCUGGAUUCUGUCUGUAACGCUGGAGAACAGCAGCAGAUCCUGCAGAUGUGUUCAGUCAAACUCAUCGACUGCACGAACCUCAUGAUCGAGAUCAAAACUGAACCCACAGAAAUCAAAAUUGAGCCCACAGAAAUAGAAACUGAACUCAUAGAAAUCAAAACUGAAUCUACAGAAAUAAAAAUUGAACCCACAGAAAUCAAAACUGAACCCACAGAAGAGGAAGAUUGCAUUGAUGAAGAUAAUGAUUUUAUUCCAUCAGAUGUGAAGAGUGAUUCAUGUUUGGAUAUAGAAAUAACGUCCUCAACAUCAGAAGAGCGACCGACAGCACAAACUCUUUCCUGCAUCACCUGUGGAAAGACAUUCAGCUCACAGAGACUUUUAGAGAGACAUGAGAGAAAACACACAGAAGAGAAACUCUUCACCAGAUCUGAGAUCAGCUUUACUACCUUACAAGAGAAGAAACUUCAUUCAGAAGACCACAAGAAGAAGAAGAAAAAGAAUAUUCACUUUAAAGAGAAACUCUAUCAUUGUUCACACUGUGAUAAACAUUUCUGUCAUAAAUAUCGGCUGAUAGUCCACGAGAGAGUUCACACUGGAGAGAAACCUCAUCACUGUCGUGUCUGUGGGAAGAGUUUCCGUCAACAGUCACACUUAAUAAGGCACCAGAGAAUUCAUACAGGUGAAAGACCUUACAAAUGCUCUCAGUGUGACAUGACGUUUGCUGAGUCACGUUACUUAAAAGUCCAUGAGAGAGUUCAUACUGGAGAGAAACCUUACGUCUGCGCUCAAUGUGGAAAGAGCUUCUCAAAUCCAUCUCAAUUAAGAAUUCAUCACAGAGUUCAUACUGGAGAGAAACCUUAUCACUGUAGUGUCUGUGGGAAGAGUUUUAGUCAACGGUCAAACUUACAUAAGCACCAGAGAACUCAUAAAGGUCAUAAACCUUUCAAAUGCUCUCAGUGUGACAUGACAUUUAAUUAUUCAGCUCAAUUGGAAGCCCAUCAGAGUGUUCACAUUGAAGAGAAACCUUGCAUCUGCACUCAAUGUGGGAAGAGUUUCACCGAUCUAUCUCAAUUAAGAGUUCAUCAGAGAAUUCACACUGGAGAGAAACCUCAUCACUGUAAUCUCUGUGGGAGGAGUUUUGAUCGACAUGACAGUUUAGUGACACACCUGAUGACUCAUACAGGUGAUAAACCUUUCAGAUGCUCUCAGGUUGAUAAGACGUUUGCUCAGUCAGGUUCCUUAAAAUCCCAUCAGAGACUUCAUACGGGAAAGAAACCUUAAAGGAAUACUUUACAAAAAAUUUUCUCACCCCCAUGUCAUACAAAAUGUUGAUGUCUUUCUUUGUUUAGUCGAGAAGAAAUUAAGUUUUUUUUGAGAAAAACAUUGCAGGAUUUUGCUCAUUUUAAUUGACUUUAUUGGACAACAACACUUUACAAUUUCAACGCUGUUUCAAAGUGCUCUAAACGAUUCCAAGCUAGGAAUAAGGACAGGGCUCCAUACUGACAUUUGAGAGGGGUGGUACUGGCACCUCCUAAGUUGUACAGCUGGUGGCGCUGGGCCUCAAUAUGGUGGCACCAGUCACUGAGUGGUGUAAAAAACACUAAAACUAAGUCCAAACAUGUUUAUUGCAUUAAUAUAUAUUCUAGGGCUGUCAAAAAAUUAGUUGAUUAAUCGCAUA